UUCGUCAAAAGCCUCUGAGUGGGUUAUUCGCCCCUGACGUCCCGCCUCUAUUGUACUUCUUCAGUAUAAAGUACAGUGGGCCGACACACUUUCAGCUCCUUGGCUUCAGCUGCAAGCUCUCAGAGAUUCACUUUACACCAUGGCGACCCAAAAAAGUCAAAAUGAGGGAGCAUUUUUGUCCCUGAUGAGUGGUGUGAGAGAGCUGGACCUCCGUGGCCCUUGUGUUCCCAGUGCCCUCCUUCUGACUGGAGAACAUGCAUUUCCCUUGGUGAUGAACAGCCAAGGCCAGGUCCUGAUGGCUGCCUCCCAGUAUGGCUCAGGAAGAAUUGUGGUCCUGGGACAUGAAGGGUACUUGACAACAUUUCCUGCUCUGGUAGAAAACGCAGUGACUUGGCUGAAAGGAGAUGGCUCACGCAACCUGUCAGUGGGGGUCAACAAGAGUGUGAAGGCAGUGGCUGAUAGUCUCAACAGAUCCAGAAUCCAAACUGAAGUUGUGCAGGCAUUCCAGAGGAAUCUGAAUCUUGGUGUUUAUGUAACAGACGCCUUAAGCCUGAAUACAGAUGGGAAGGACUUGGUGGCAUUUCUGAAAAACGGCGGAGGGGUGUUGAUUGGAGGGCAAGCCUGGAGUUGGGCCGCAGACCACCCAAAGGAGAACACACUGCUUGGGUUCGGAGGGAACAAAGUGUCUGCUGUGACCGGCAUCUACUUCUCUCAACAUCCGGGUGAAGCUGAAUUGUUGCCUGUCUACCCUCAGAUUCCAGCCUCAUGGUUGCGUGUGGUACUGGACAAGGAGUUUGAAGAUGACCUGAUAUUCUUACUUCAGGGGAUAUCUGAGUUUGACAUUACCGGUGGCGCGAUUGCUUCCGAGAUUCUGGUUCAUGGACGGCUGGCCUUCCCUAUCGGAAUGACAGAAGAUAGACGGCCAUUUCUGGCAGGCACCUAUUAUGGGCUUGGACGUGUUAUUGUUGUGAGCCAUGAAGCAUAUCUGGGUCGAGAGGAGCUGGCCCCAUUUUGGACCAAUGCUCUUCACUGGUUGGAUGCGGGGCGACGUGGCACUGUGGGCGUCCUGCAACAUAAAGCCCUCGACAAUCUCAAGAAAUCUGGGUUAAGGUGUGAGAAGAGCGACUUCAGGAAUGACCUGAGUGUGUUUGUGUGUUCGGCAUACAGUGACAAACACGCAGAAGAAAUCCACAACUUUGUGGCAGAGGGAGGAGGUCUGCUGAUUGGUGGCCAUGCUUGGUACUGGGCACAGUCACACAAAGGCGGAAAUCCCUUGACAGAAUUCGCAGGGAACAAGAUCCUGAAUAAAAUGGGCUUGAGCCUUUUGCCUGAAACCAUUGGGGGCGGUCGCUUCAAAGCUCCUGUACCCAGCCAGACUGGCAAAGACAGCUACCAUUUCUGCCACCUUUUGCAGCGUUUUGCCGCUCAUGUGACUGAGGGAGAGGAUCUUACCAAGAACGAGGAGCAAUGCCUUAAAAAGUUUGGCAAGGACUGUGCCUCCUUCUUAAAAAUGCAAGCCCAUGAUCGCUGUUCAUACGCUCAGGUCUUGUCCACCCUUACGCACGUCCUGAAGAAAUCGGGCAUGCCUCAGGUGUGUGACACCUGCCCAGUGAAAAGUCCCAAAGACCAUCUGCUGCUCAACAUGGGUUCAGAGGUCUUUAAGGUUUGCCCCAAUCCUGACAGCCUGUUGCCUUACCUCAUCAAUGAGAACCCCCUGUUGCCCGUUGUCUAUAAUCACAGGGUCACUUUGAAUGUCAACACAGCAGACAGAGAAGAGUGGGUCAGUACCGGGCUCUACCUUUCUCAAGGCAUGAAAACCUAUAUGGCAAUGCCUGGUGAGAUUGUCAACAAGGGAUGGAUGGUCCAAAUCGGUUGUCAAACAGACUAUCUUAAGGCUGAGGAGCUGAAGAGAGCGCCCAAUGUUCAUGAGCAAUUUCCCAUUGACAGUGAGAUGAUGCAGGUGUGGAACUUGUGGGGAGGUCUCAUCUACUUGGUGGCCCCACCUAAAACCCAAGUGGGAGGGGUACAGGUCAUAGUGCAGGUAGCUGUGCCGGCACCUUAUUAUAAAUCUGGUGAGGAUGAUGUCAUUGGUUUUUGUGUUGGUUGUUCACCCGGGCACAACCAGCAGAGAGAUCCCUGGGAGUUCCGGCCACACACCACAGAGUGUACAUGCAACAUUUGGUCAGUGUACAUCCAUGAGGAGGUGUUGGGGAUCAACAGGGGAAAGGCUCACGGCGAUGUCGCUUCAGCAAAAAGGAAGAGUCGAUUGGAGGAAUUUGUCAAAGGGGGCAGGCAACUCAGCAAGUGGGAGGUGUGGGUGGCUCUUGAAACAUACUUGCAGCUCCAGGAGAGAUUUGGAUGGGAUGCCUUCAAGAAGGUAUUUGCUGCUUACCACAAGAUAAGUAAUUAUCCAAAGGACAACGGCGGCAAGAUGAACCUGUACGCAGAGACUUUCUCCAAAACUGUGGGAAUGAACCUGUGUGGAUUCUUUAAAGCCUGGAGCUGGCCCAUCGAAAAGGCUACUGAGGAGAAACUAGCCAACCUUCCAACCUGGGUGGACCACCCCAUGGUCCAGUUUGGUUGAAUCUUGGGAUGAUUGAUUGAAAUAUAGAAGCGCUACAUUGUUGAAUGUGUUCAGAUUUUUUUGUUUUUUUUACAGCACUAAAUUUACACUUGAUUAUAUUUUGUUUUACUGCUCCAAAACAAAUAACAACCCUCAAUGAAAUAAUGACAAAUAAUUAAUUGCUUUCUCACAGACUAAAUUUUUUUCUCGGAUGAGUAGCAAAACAAGAAAACUUUGAGCAAGAAUCCUUUGCUGAAGCACUUAAAGUUAUGAUACAAUUGCAAAUAACCUAGUCCCGUUUUCAAUGUUUUUUAAUGUAUUUGUGUGUAUUUGUGUGCCAUUUAAAUGGCACAAUGUCUUUGCUGUCAAUGGGAAAAGGGCCAAUAAAUGUUUUCAUGAUGCAUUUACA